CCAAUUUAUGCAGGCGUGGCAGGCAUAGCUGCAACUUAAAAGCGCAGGUCUCUGCAAAUCUGAUAUGUCUUUCACAGUUUUGUCCCUGCGCGCCGUGACUGACCUUGCUUGAUGCCGAUGGAGCCGGAACCAAAGACUGUGCGAGAAGCGAAGGCCUACGUGGGCAGAAGCGUGCUCAAGCGCUUCAAAAUUGACGAUAGGGGUCGCUAUCAGUUCUUCAAGGGGACGUGCAAGGAGAUAGUCAAGUUCGAGGGUGAAAUCUGUUAUCACCUUGAGUACGAGGACGGGGAUACGGAGGACAUCCUGUGGCAGGACUUUUACGGAGUGCUCCAGCCGCUGCCCGAGAACCAGCAGGCACCGCCUUCGCUGGGCCCGAGUCGCCGCUCCGCCGGCUUGAGCGACGCCACGAACCGGCUGUCCGUGCCGCUCGGCAACACCGGUAGGAUGUCCACAGACAAGCCGACGAGCACCAAACGGCAGCGGCCCAUCAAAGCAGAGCCGGCUGCCAGCCUGCAACCCAGUGAUGACGGCGAUAUGCCGCUAGAGGAUCUGCCGCCGCCACCCCGCAGUGGGCAGGCCGUGCGCGGCAACAAGCGCAAGAGCGCGGGCGGUGCCGCGGCAGCGGCCCAGCAGGCUGCAGGCAAUGAGGAAGGGCAGGAGCAGCAGCAUGAGGAGGGCGAGGAUCAUGUUCCCAAGGCUACAGAGGCGGACCGGCCGACCAAGCGCAGGGCCACGGAUGACAAUGCGCCUGCUGCUGUGGGUGGAGCAGCUGGGGAUGCAACCGCGGCGAACAACGCUUCUGCGCGGCCGCGCAACCAGGGCUUCGUGGUCCGCGAGCACGGUCUGGCGGGUCACGUGGAUCGCAUCCGGGUGGAGAACUUCAUGUGCCACUCCAACUUCGAGCUGCAGCUGGGGCCCCACGUGACGCUGGUGAGCGGCACGAACGGCAGUGGCAAGAGCGCGGUGAUCCAGGCGAUGCAGGUGUGCCUGGGCGCUACGGCGCGCGAGACCAGCCGCGCGCGGUCUUUCGCGGCGUUCGUCAAGGAGGGCUGCCACGAGGCGCGUGUGUACGUGACGCUGUGGAACGUGGGCGAGGAUGCCUUCCUGCCGGACCUCUUCGGCGAGCGUAUCACGAUCGAGCGCAGCAUCAAGGCGGCGGGCGGAACCGACGUCAAGCUGCUGGACGAGCGAGGCAAGCGGGUGACAGUGGGCAAGCCGCGCGACACGCUGUUCGCGAUGCUGGAGCAUUUCUGCAUCGACGUCACCAACCCGCUCACGAUCAUCACGCAGGACAAGGCGCGCCAGUUUCUCUCCAGCGACACGGGCCGGGACUCGGGCCGGGACAAGUACGACAUCUUCAUGGAGGGCACACUGCUGCAGCGCCAGCUGGAUGAGAACAACCUGGCGGGCGUGAAGCUUCAAGAGUCCAGCCACCGCCUGGCGGAGAGCGCGGCGUAUAUUAAGGAAUCGGAGGACGCACAGGCCAGCCUGCAGGCCAAGCUGAAGCGCCUCACAGAAGCUGACAAGAUGCUGGAGCAUCGGGACCUGCUGGAGAAGGCGGUGGUGUGGGCGCAUGUGCGCGAGCACGAGGCGGCGGUGGCGCGCUGCAGCGAGGCGGCCGAGGUGCACGGCCCGCGGCAGGUGGAGCUCUACACGCGGCUGCUGGAGCAGCUGGCGGCCAACAGGGACGAGCUGCAGCAGCGGCUCAAAGAACACGAUGAGGUCGUGGCGCGGAACAAAGAGCUGCUGAACAGCCACAAAGCCAACGUCGAGAACCUGCUCAAGGAGGUCCGCAGGGCCGCCGACAACCGCUCGCAAAAGACACGCGACCGCACAGCUGCCAAGGUCCACCUUCAGGGGCUGCAAAAAAGCCAGCGGGACGUGAAUACAAAGCUGGCGGAAGCGAGCACCGUCGAUGUGAAGGUGGCAGAGGCGCGGAAGCUGCUCGAGGAGCACCAGCAGAAGAUCACGGCCAAGAAGGUGGAGGAGGAGAGGGCCAAGGCGCUGGUGGACGAGGCUAUGAAGCUGUUCGAGGAGCUGAAGGCGCAGGAGCAGCGCAUGGCGGAUGAGGAAAUGCAAGGCCGGAACCGCAUCCAGCACUCAGAGGACAUGCUGCGCGCGUCGCUGCAGGGGCUGAAAGGGAUUGAGGCCGCCAAGGGCAACCGGCUGGGCGCAUUCGGCGCGGUGAAGCUGUGCGAGCUCAUCACCGCUAACAUGCGCAGCUUCCAGCGCCCGCCCAUUGGGCCGCUCGGCGCCUACAUCAGUGUGACGGAUGGCAGGUGGGCGGUGGCCGCGCAGACCAUCCUGGGCGUCUGCCUGAGGGACUUCAUCGUCAGCUGCGGCGCCGACGCAGCGCUGCUGAACCGUCUGAUGGCGAAAGCCGGCUAUGCCCGCGCGAGCAUCAUCACCGUCAACUACGGCGACCCACCGCACCCCAUCCCGCCCGCUACGCAUCCCGGUGGCGGCUACCCGGCGCUGCUGGACGUGCUGGUGAUCAAGGACGAGCUGGCACGCGUGCCGCUGCUGAACUACCUGGUUGACAGGUUCUCUGUGGAGCGUGUGGCGCUGGCGGAGACGGAGUCCAGUGGCCGCGAGGUUGUGUACCAGAACGCGGCGGGCCCCCAUGUCACCCUGGCGGUUGACCAGGGCGGCACGACCUUCCACCGCAAGGGCGGCCUGACCUGGAUCAAGCGCGACCAUUUCGUGAACGCGCGCAACUGCUUGCUGGCGGCGGACAUGGGCGAUAUGGCCGCCAACCUACGCGCCGACCUGGAGGCAGAGGAGGCGCAGCUGGGCGCGCUGCGGGAGGAGCUGGCGGCGCUGGUGGCGCAGCGGGCGGCCAAGCAGGCCGAGAUGGCGGCGGCUACGCAGCGGUGGAACCAGGCCAAGAUGCUCAAGACGCGGCUCGCGACCGAGUGCCGGCGGCUGGAGCAAAACAAGCCCGUGGUGCCGGAGGUGGAAGACGAGGAGCACCAGGUGGUGAUGACGCAGCUGCAGUCCAUCCACCAGGAGAUCGUGGACUGGCAGCGCGAGCUGGAGGUGGCGCAGGACGCAUUAGAUAUCGCUGAGAAGGAGGUAAACGCCGCGAAUGAGCGCGUGAAAGAGGCGGAGCGCUCCUUUACGGAGCUGCUGCAUGACUCGGAAGUCAAGGCCAACGCCAAGGCCGAGGUGGAGGCGAGGCUGAAGGACCUGGAGGCCAUGCGGAACCAGGCCAAGGCGGAGCGCGCGGGCGUGGUAUCGCGGCUAGCGGCGCUGAAGGCGGCGAUGGACAAGGCGCGCGAGCGGGGGCAGACGGCCGUGGCUGGCGCUGAGCAGGUGUGCAGCCGUGAGGAGGGCCAGGCGGCGCUGGCACGGGCCCGCGAGCUGAUUGAGGAGCGCAUGCGUGACAAGAUGGCCAAGUCUAAGGAGUGGCAGGGGCAGGCGGACCUGACGGCUGAGGUGCUGCGACAGGACAUCGACAAGAAGAUGAACCCGCGGGACCUGGCGGGGCGACUGUCGAGCGUCAACAAAUCUAUUGAGAAGGAGGAGCACAAGGCGGGCGCGGACAAGGACCAGCUGCGCAUCAUGCUGGCGGACCUGGGCCGAGCGCUGUCGCUGAAGCGUGUGCUGCACGCGCGCGUGUCCAAGACUACCUCCAUGCUGGGCGCGAGCAUGGAGCGGCGGCGGCAGCUGUACCUCAAGAUGCUGGGGCUUGUGGAGAAGUACGUGAACGCCAAGUUCAGCUCCUACAUGCAGCGCCGCAAGCACCUGGGCUCUGUGAAGUGGGACCAUGAGCGCCGGCAGCUGACGCUGAUUGUCCAGCCCAAGGCUAAGGACACCGGAGACAAGGCCACCAAUGUCGAGGACCUCAAGGUCCUGUCAGGCGGCGAGCGCUCCUACACCACCGUGGCGUUCCUGCUGGCUGUGGGCGCCAACACCGAAACGCCCUUCCGCGUCAUGGACGAGUACGAUGUGUUUAUGGACCCUGUGAACCGCCGCAUGGCCACCAUCACGCUGCUCGAGUGUGCGCGCGACCACGCCGAUUUCCAGUACAUCAUCCUCACGCCGCAAGACCUGUCGACUGUGCACGCAGCGCGCCAGACGCUGAUCGAGAAGACCAAGAUGGACAUGCCGCCCGCGUUCAUCAAAACGGUGCUCAUCAAGCCGGCGCGCGGUUAACGCUAUUGUGCGGCGACGUGCGGAACCCCACCCGACGGGAAGGAUUCCAGGCAGCGCGGCAACGAUGUAGCGGGCUGAUGUGUCAAGCAGUCUUGCUUUCUAGGCAGCUGGUCGGCCGCGGCUGCAACGAACGCGUGCAGCAGCUGACUCAGCUGGCGUCUGGCGCCUGGGCAUGCACUGAACGGCACUAGGGUAGGCAUGCGUUUUGCAGGCGGGCUGCUGCUGUGUGUAACGGUGGAGAUGCGUUCCGCCUGGUAGGGGAGUUAACUACGUGCAGAAGCGACGGAGCAGGGCGAAGCAGUGUGCCGCGGCAGGACUGGGCCGUGAGGCGAGGUGUAUGAGUAUGGUGACGUGCGUGCGUAGUAGUACCGCGUGCGAAGGGAAAAGAGUACGGUAUGAGCCAUUUGCUGACUUUCUACUGCUUUGUGCAUGUCCUGCAAUGGUGUAUCGGAAAACUUUGGCUUUCACGCGUGGCCAGUGCCGCCUGGAAGAUAGACCCCAUGCUCAAAGGACCAUCGUCCCUGUUAGUGAUUAUUAUUUACUACACUUGUAAGCUAUCAGCGCA